AUGUCACAAACGCUCAAACUGCCCGAUACCCCCCACCCCCAAUUCCUCAUCCCCAGUCCCCACACACUCCAUCACACCAGCCUUUCACCAUCCCCCUGCUCAUUCGCCUCCACGACAAAGGUCCCGAGGUGUUUGACACCUUACCCGACUCGGUUCUCGUACUCGCCGCUGUCUUCGCCGCUGACGGGGGUGAGCGGGGUUUCUUUGAGGUCGCCUGUUGUGGUGAGGGCUUCUUCGCCUCUUAGUGCUGUGGGGAUGGGUUUUGAGGGUGGUGACGGAGAGGAGGAAGAAGAUGAAGAUGAAGGCAGUGAUCUGGAACGGGAUGAGAGAACAACUGCCGCGACAAGAGUCUCUGCUCCCGUCCCAAUCACCCUCCCCACCACCCUCCCCCCAACCCUCAGAAUGUCCAAGCUCUCCUCCCUCUCCCCAUCAUCAUCCUUCAACACCCGCCGUCUGCCGCUUUCGCCUGUACCGCCGAGGAUGCUGAUGAAGCGCCGGACUACGCUGCCUUUUUAUGCUCCGAAUGAGGGUGUUGAUUCUCGGACGGGAAGGAAGAGUGGGUUUGGGGGGGUGGAGAGAAGAGGGGAGAAGGGGAAGGGGAGGAAGAAGGAGGAGAAGAGGCCCGAACCGCUUUCCUUACCAAAGCUCAAGCAAGCACGGGUACGGAUCCUUACUCCAUACCCUUCCCCCAGCCCUGUCACCCCUUCUCCAUCGUGGUGCUCGUCUGGUAUCUGGCCAGUGCCGUCACCUUCUCCGAUGAGCCUUGUCUUUGCAGACGAUUAUGCCGAUAUCCCCCCUGCCCCCGCUCCCUUGACUGAGUCGGAGGUGAAAAUGGGGAUGGGGAUUGUCACAAGUAUGAGCAAAGUCGACCUCCGUAUGAGGGACGACGAAGACGUGUAUACCCUCGUGCCCGCAUCAGAUCCACCUGUAACAGCGACAGGGGUACAGAGCGGCGGUGGGCUGUUGACGGCGUCGUUUGAGACGCCGAGAGUUGUUAUUAGUGGUGCUGGGGUGAAGUGUGGUGUGGGGCAUGUUGAUUAG